CCGGUCCCCGGGAGACCCGCGGAGGGAGGCGGAGGCUGCGAGGGACUCCGGGAAGCCAUGGACGUCGAGAGGCUGCAGGAGGCGCUGAAAGAUUUUGAGAAAAGAGGGAAAAAGGAAGUCUGUCCUGUCCUGGAUCAGUUUCUUUGUCAUGUAGCCAAGACUGGAGAAACAAUGAUUCAGUGGUCCCAAUUUAAAGGUUAUUUUAUUUUCAAACUGGAGAAAGUCAUGGAUGAUUUCAGAACUUCAGCUCCUGAACCAAGAGGUCCUCCCAACCCUAAUGUCGAAUACAUUCCCUUUGAUGAAAUGAAGGAAAGAAUACUGAAAAUUGUCACUGGAUUUAAUGGUAUCCCUUUUACUAUUCAGCGACUGUGUGAAUUGCUAACAGAUCCAAGGAGAAACUAUACAGGAACAGACAAAUUUCUCAGAGGAGUCGAAAAGAAUGUGAUGGUUGUUAGCUGUGUUUAUCCUUCUUCAGAGAAAAACAAUUCUAGCAGUUUGAAUCGAAUGAAUGGUGUUAUGUUUCCUGGAAAUUCACCAAGUUAUACUGAGAGGUCUAAUAUUAAUGGGCCUGGGGCACCCAGGCCACUUAAUCGACCAAAGGUUUCUUUGUCAGCUCCAAUGACAACAAAUGGCUUACUGGAGAGCACAGAUAGCAAAGAGUCAAACUUACAGCAAAAUGAGGACAAAAAUCACAGUGACUCCCUGACAUCUGGAUCAGAAAGUUCCUCAGUGAGCCCUAUAAAAAACAAACAUCCAGAUGAAGAUGCUGUGGAAGCUGAAGGGCAUGAGGUAAAAAGACUCCGAUUUGACAAAGAAGGUGAAAUCAGAGAGACCGCCAGUCAAACAACUUCCAGUGAAAUUUCUUCAGUUACGGUAGAAGAAACAGAAGUAUCAGCUUCAUCUCAGGAUAAAGACAAAGAAAGUAGUUGUUCCAGGCAGCACUGUACAGAAGAGGAUGAAGAAGAGGAUGAAGAGGAAGAAGAAGAGUCUUUUAUGACAUCAAGAGAAAUGGUCCCAGAAAGAAAAAAUCAAGAAAAAGAAUCUGGUGAUGCCUUAACUGUGAAUGAAGACACUUCUGAGGAAAAUAAUCAAAUGGAGGAAUCUGGUCUGUCUCAAGCUGAGAAAGAUUUACAUUCUGAAGGUAGUGAAAAUACAGGCUCUGUAAGUAGUGGCUCUGACUGUCAUGAAACAGAAGAAUUAGUAGGAUCCAGUUCCAGUAAAAAGGGAGAGAUUCUCUCAGAGUCAUUCAUGGAAAAUGACGACGAGUCCACAGAAGUUACAGAUGAACCGAUGGAACAAGACUAACUAUUUAGAAACAUUUAGAUGCAGUAUUUUACCUACAGUUCUGGUUUUACACUGUAUAAAACUUUUAUGUAAUAAAGUGGACCUUUAUAAAGUUUUGCAAGAGAAGCAGGUUGUAAAAUAAAGUACUUUAUGGGAUAAAUCCUGAAAGAGUUGUACAUGUGAGAACUGUGACUAUCAGCUCCUCUGGAUCCUGCUUACCACUGACUUU